UUCAGCUACUGACAGAUCCUGAUCUUACUCUCAAUCUCAAUCUCUAGUCUCUCGAUCCCUCGAUCCCUCGAUCGACGCACAGUUCUCCCAGAAUGUUGCAUUAGUAUCUGCAGAUGCCUUCAUCCCUUUCUCCAUUCUCGCUCAACCUGCCUGACUGAAUACCUGACGACCAAUCUGACUACGAGAAGUCAGCGGUCGAAGCUACAUGCGUUCAUCAGUUGGGGGGCUGGUUGUGUGCAUACUCGCAUGCAGCAAGCAAUCCAUGCGUGACUGCACGUGUGCAUGAAAGGUCAUCUUCGGCAGUCAGCCUCUUUGUACAUCAUGUAAUGCGGGCAUGAUGAGAUUGGCACCAGACUGCGAUCAAUCGACCCAUUUCAAGUAUAUGGGCUGAAAAGUCUCACGCAUCAGUUACAACCCAUCCGAAGAAGAUACGGAAACUGAUAUUUAUUGUGCAAUAAGCUGGACAAGGGAUACGCUGGAAGCAGGGCAUGCGUUGCAAGAAUUUUUGCCACGUUUGAAGCUACUCGUUUUAAACUGUGAAUACUAUUCUUGAGGGAAUUACUUACCGCAACUCUGUGAGUUCAAGGGAAGGCUCAGGGAGCUCAUUCGAACAGACUGGACUACUGUAAAGUGUUCCAGCCAACAAAAUGGCACAGGUCGUGGACUCCAGCAUUCCCAUUGAUCUGAGCGUGUCAGACUCGUUAGUUACCAGAGAUGGUACCAGGAACUACAAGGGCGAGCCAGCAAACAAGCAACGGACUGGCGGCUACAGGGUGUUGCCUUUCAUUUUCAGUGCAGAAUUUGCAGAAAGAACUGCCUUUUUUGGAGUGACCGUGAACAUAAUCACGUACCUUUUCACCGUUAAGCAUAUACAUCUCGCCGAUGCAGCUAACAUGGUCACUAACUUCUUGGGCGCUUCGUACGUUUUCACCCUUGUCGGAGGCUUCCUGGCCGACACCUUCAUCGGGCGCUACUGGACGAUUGUAAUCUUCAUACUCGUCCAGACGCUGGGUAUUGGUGUUCUGAUAAUCAACGCAUCUUUGGCCCAAUUCCGGUGCCUGGAUCCAAAGACAUGCCCUGCUGCGCACGGGACCGAUCUGUUAGUGAUAAACUUGGGAAUGUACCUGGUGGCUUUGGGAACGGGAGGAAUCAAAUCCUCCGUCUCGGCAUUCGGGGCAGACCAGAUGGAAAAGGAGGACCCGAAGGAGGCGAAACUGCUGCCCAGCUACUUCAACUGGCUCUACUUUUACAUCAUGGGGGGUGUCGUCUUGGCACAAACCGUCAUUGUUUACAUCGAGGACAGGAGCUGGGCUUGGGGCUUCGGUUCCCUGGUCAUCAUCAUGGCCAUCGCGCUGAUCUCACUGUGCGCAGUCCGCAAGAAAUACCGAUACCAGAUAUCUCGUGGUAGCCCCUUCACGGCCCUGGCCAAGGUGCUCGUUAUAGCCAUCAAGAACCGCAAGCUCCCUCGCCCCUCCGAGAAGUCCGGCUUCUACGAUGUCACUCGUCAGGGCGCCAAGCUCAAAGUCGCCCAGACCAACAACAUGCGAUGGCUGGACAAGGCAGCGAUUCUACCAGAAGGUGGGAACGCCAUCGAGCUCGGGGGCUGGGGUAUUGCCACGGUGACGGAAGUGGAGGAUUUCAAAAUGGUGCUGCGAUUGCUGCCAAUUCUUGCGACGACGUGGUACUUCUGGACGGUCCAGGCCCAGUUCUCCACGUUCACAGUUCUCCAGUCGCUGACAUCGGACAGAAGAUUGGGACCCAAUUUUGUGGUCCCCUCGGCGUCCAUAGGAGUGAUACAAACGCUGGCGGUGCUGGUGGCGCUGAUCUUCUACGACAAAGUGUUUAUGCCCAUGGCCAGGAGGAGAACCGGGCUGAUCAGCGGCAUCACCAGCAUCCAGAGGAUGGGCUGGGGGCUGGUGUGCCCAAUUCUGGCCAUGACGGCUGCUGCCUUGGUCGAGCGCAAGAGGCUGCAAGUGGUGCACGACACCAACUGGGAGCUGAAGCCCUCCGUGCCCAUGAACGACUUCUCCAUGUUCUGGAUCGUCCCGCAGUUCUUCAUCAUGGGCGUGGGCGAGGCGCUCAUCUUCCCGGCUCAGAUCGACUUCUUCUACAACGAGUCGCCCGAGAACAUGCGCUCGCUCGGCACGUCCUUCUGCUUGUGCACUCUGGCCAUCGGAGCCUUCGGCAGCAGCGCCAUCGUGUCGGCCGUCAAUUCUGCCACCUCGAACCCCACGCCAUGGCUGCCGAACAAUCUGAACACCAGCAGACUCGACAACUUCUACUGGCUCAUGGCCGUCCUCAGCAGCAUCAAUCUCGUCGCCUUCCUUCUCGUCUCCAGGUACCAUACUUACAAGCAGACUUACUUUGCCGAUUCUCCCCUCGCCUCCUCCUCGGACGACGAGCACGAGCAACCGUCCAAGCCCCUCUGAGACCUCGGGCCUCUGGAACACAACAUUUCUCCUGCUCGAGCUGCCACAAAAGGGUCACAGACAAGUGCCGCAAGUUAGGAUCAUCGACAGCUGCCCGCGGAUGAUUUUCUUCCCACUUUCCAAGCUUCCAGUCGGAGGCAAGGAUGGCAAUUGUAGACCUAUGCCUGUAUCUGAAGAUUCUGAGCCCUUACUCUUGUACUUUGACCAAAUAUGUAAUUAUUCUUGUUACGUGAGCUGCGAAGUGCUCC